AUGCUGCUCCGCGGGUGGGAGACGGGCCGGCGAGAAGAAGGACCAGGCCACCGGCAGCCGACAUCCGGAGGGGAGUUUCUCCGCGGCAGCUGGAGCGGCGGCUGCUCCCCAUGGCUCUCCCCUGGGCCGGGCUGGGUGCUGGAUGCCGACGGGCGCCGCGCAGGAUCCACGCCGCCCCACUCCUGCCGUGCCGCCGCAGUCGGCGCCGCGCCUCGCUCACCUCCGCCUGCGGGGGGGGGGGAGGCGGUACGAGGGGGCGGAGGAGGGGUAGGGCCGGAGCGGGGGCGGUGGCGGGGAGGAGGACCUGGCCCCUCGCCCUGCGGGGAGAAGGGGCGGCUGCCACCGGCAACCUCGGGCGGAGCGUGCCGUGGAAGGCGGCAGGGUGCGCUGACCGCCCUCCUCGUCCGCUUCGCCCAACUUUCCCGCCUUCGGUGUUGGAAGGUGGUCUUUUUCACUGUAGGGAGGGAGUGGAGGAGGGAGAUCAACAUCUUGGCAAGACAAUUCAGGAGUGCUCCAAGGACAACUAUAAUGAAACAGCCUAGGAACAGGAGAGGACACCCAUUGCGAAGGAAUGAUGAAGGCAACUUCCAUCACGUAGAAUUUUCCAUCUUCACAGGAGCUCAGUGACAGGGAGGUGAUUUAGCAGUCUCCAGCAAAGCAGUACAGAACUAGAGUCUGAGAUGUUCAUACUCAUUAAACCAGUACACUACCUAAGCUAUCUCAGAUCUUCAUGUUUCCAUGGAAGGAUUUACUAUGCACUACCACAAGAUCACCCUGUUAGUUCUGUAUAUAACCUGUUACCAGCAUUUCAUCAUCUACCCACAUUAAUACUUCAGCAGACAACCUUUAAAAAGGCUUUACAAAGAAAGAUAUGGAAGACACAGGAGAAAUUUCAAACUGACAGCAGCAUUUGUCAGCUAGAAUCCUCUGGAAUUCAGAAGUCCUUCAUGUUAUUAGGUGUCUAAGAAGCAAUAGUUCUUUUUAAGACUGACACCUACAUACUUCCUCUAAAAUAGACAAGUAUACUAAGAGGUCUCAGAGUGUAUUAUGGCCUAGUUUUGUUCCUUAGUAGGUUUAAACAU